AUGAUACCACGACCAGCACAUUUGGCCAGAAUACUCAAUUAUUACACACUGAUUGCAAUUUGCGUAAUCGGACUGGUUUACCACCUCCUUUCAAGCGAAUGUCAUUUUUUCGCUCCCGUGCAGCACACCACGAAUGGAAUUCUCAAGCUUAUCUGGUAUAAGUUGGGCCCUAAAGGCAUCUCUAACGACGUGCGCAACUGGACUGACACCUGUAUAAAAAGUAUUCUCGACUAUCAAGCAAACUUUAUUACAGAUGAGGGCAGUGACGAAUACGUUCGUAAAGCCUUUGCUUUCCGACUCGAUAUUGCCCAGGCCUACCUCGCAUUCUCUAUCCCUAUCUAUAAAGCUGAUAUGCUGCGCUGUUUGUUACUUUGGGAUCAAGGCGGAAUCUGGUACGAUUUAGAUGUGUCUUGCGAACAAAUACCGAUAGAUGAAUGGGCACCAGCGGAGUACAAAGAGGCUGCACUUGUCGUGGUAUGGGAAUUCGAUGCAGAAUGGCCAGAGCCCUUUGAUCGCCAAUUUGCCAGCUGGACCAUAAUGUCUCGACCACGAUCACCACGCAUGAUGCAAGUUAUUGACGAUAUUCUUGAAGAAGACCUUACAUUGAAAAUGAUGGGAGACGUUGUAGACUUGACAGGUCCCCGACGGUUAACGACUAUUAUAUUCAGAAGCCUAGAGAAGAAGCUCAAGACCAUCAACCCAACUGAGGUACAUAGUAUCUUACAGCCAGUGUUACUCAAAGACGUCUUGAUAUUGCCAGGCCGUUCCUUCGCAGCGAGUGCAAAUAAGUACACCCCAGAACAAGAAGCACUUCUACCACCGCAACUUGUAACUCAUCAUUAUGCUGGAAGCUGGAAGAAUGACAAGGGAGGUGAAAUGAAGCGUAGAAGACGAUAA